AUGGCAAAAGCUUAUGAUAGGGUGGAGUGGCAUUUUUUGCAGGCAAUGAUGGAAAAAAUGGGUUUCUGCUAUAUAUGGAUCAACUGGAUCAAUAGUUGCCUGAAAACAGUAAACUAUUCCUUCAACUGCAAUGGAGAAAUUAAAGGUUUUGUGGCAUCAGGAAGGGGAAUACGACAGGGAGAUCUAUUGUCUCCUUAUCUAUUCUUAAUAUAUUCCGAGGGAUUCUCCAAUUUGCUAAGGAAAGCUGAAGAAAGUAGGAGAAUCACAGGAUUGAAAAUUAGUAGGCAAGGACCACUCCUCACCCAUCUCUUCUUCGCAGAUGAUUUCCUCAUCUUUUGUAAAGCUAACAAGCAAGAGGCUGUUGAAAUCAUGAAAGUUCUAAAAGUCUAUGAAAUAACUUCAGGGCAGUUGAUCAACCUUGACAAUUUUGCAUUAUUCUUUAGUAAAAACAUGGACUAUGAGCAAAGAGGAGAGGUAUGGAGGAUCCUAACCAAGCCAAACCUUCUUGUCAGCAAGGUGUUGAAGGCUAAAUAUUUCCCUCAGGAAUCCAUCCUACAAUGCACUCCCCCUAAGAAUGCAUCAUGGAUUUGGCAAGGAUUAAUGGGACCAAGAAGUUUACUAGAUGAAGCCUUCAUCGGGAGAAUUGAAAAUGGUAGAAGUACAAAAAUCUGGGAUCAUAAAUGGCUACCAGAGACACUAACGGGGAAAUCAACUACUUGCAGAACCAGUAGCUGUGAGCUGAAAAUGGUUGAUGAGCUUAUAUGUCAGAAGAGAUGGAACGGGAAUAUCACCUUCAACAACUUUAACAGAAAUGAUGCCGAGAGGAUUCUCAGCAUCCCUUUAAGCCUCUUAGGAGGGAAGACAGCUAUUAUUGGCAACCAAAGGCUGGAGGGGAGUAUACAGUUAACUCAGACUACAAAAUUCUGA